AUGUCUCCUCCCAUCGUUUUUGUUUGUGGAGCCACAGGUAAUCAAGGAGGCGCCCUCAUUCAGCAUGUCCUCGAACAUGGAGUCAAAGUCCACGCCAUUACCCGGGAUCUCACCUCUCCCGCCGCUCUAAAUCUGCAAUCUCAAGGUGUCUCUCUCAUGGAAGGCGAUUUUGACAACCAAGAAAGCCUGAGAAAAAGCAUGUCCGGCUGCACAACGCUUUUCCUGAAUGCAUCGCCCAACCUCAAAAGGCUCCCAGCGGAGGCCGAGCACGCCAAGCAAGUUCUUGCCAUCGCUAAAGAAGUCAAUAUUCAGCAUAUCGUCUACACUAGUGCUCUUGGGACCAACAACCCUGAAGGGCUCAAGAACUGGGACCCCCGCAGCUUGAUCGGUACAGCUGUUUUGGGGAAGCAAGUCAUCGAGAAAGAAGUUCGAAAUGGAGGGUUCCAAACUUGGACUAUUCUGCGGCCCGGAAACUUCAUGACCAAUUUCUUGUACCCUUUUGUCUCCAUGUACCAGGGUCUUGUCGACAAGGGAAUAUUUACGACUGCCUUCACACGGGAGACAAUCCUGCCUAUGGUCGACCCCAACGAUAUUGGCAAAUUUGCUGCGGCGGUGGUGCUUGACCCUGUCAAGUUCAAUCAGAAGGAAAUCGAAAUUGCAUCUCAGAUGAUGGGGAUCGAAGCAGUGAUGAGUGAUUUAUCCCAAGCUGCGAGAAAGGACUUGCAGGUGAUCUUUCUUUCAGAACAAGAAAUUAUGGAAAAAGUUCCACAAGAUCUUUUCAUUCAUGGUCAGCUUAUUAUGCGCGAUAUGGCACAGUUUGUUGAUAUGGAGAAGGUGAAGGAGUGGAACAUUGAGUUGGGCACUUUCCCGCAGUUCUUGCGGCGAGAGAAGGAACGCAUCGAGAAAACUUAUUCGUGA